AUGGAACCAAAAAAUGUAGGAACAUGUAAAGAUAAAAUUCAACGUUACUAUUAUGACCCUACUUGGAUGAUGUGUCUUGCUUUUGUUUAUACAGGUUGUGGUGGAAAUGGUAAUUUGUUUAAAACAAAAUCAGAAUGUGAAAGAUCAUGCUUACCUCUUGAUGGUUCAACGUGUUUAGGUCCAAAUAAACCUCAAAAGAUUAUUAAGAAUGGUAUGGAUUGUGAUUCAAUUGUAUGUCCAAAAGGUUACAAAUGUGCUAGGGGUGCUUUUCUUUUUGAAUGUUGUCAUGAAACAGAUUACAACAAUCUUAAUCAAGCAUAUGAUGCUAAAUGUCCUGAUGGAAGUGAUUCUGGUGGUAUUUUUACAUUUUAUUUUCAACCAAUAAUUGGAAAAACAUGUGAUGACUUAAUUUGUGAAGAUAAAAAAAAAUGUGUCCAGAUAAAUAAAGAUUUUGCCAAAUGUUGUGGUGGAAAAAACAAAUAA